GAAUAUCAGCAAUUCCAACGAUAUGGCACAUUCACCAACUCGAACAAGAAGGAAACUCAAACAAGUCAUACCUUUCUUUUUAGCUCUGAUAAUCACUAUCAACCAAGUGGUUUGGAUACCAUAUACCAAAGUAGAGGAAUCUUUUGAGAUUCAUGCUGUACAUGAUUUUCUGGCUUAUGGUUUAAGACCGGGGAGUUUACACAAGUGGGAUCAUCUAUCUUUCCCAGGUGCCGUACCUAGAUCUUUCCUUCCUCCUGUUUUAUUAGGUAUCUUGACAUGGCCUAUUUGUUCUUUACUGGUGAACGUCGGGAUCAUACGGACAAAAUUGGGAGUUCAAAUUUUGAUCCGCUCUGUUCUAGCUUUCCUCUUUUCAGCGACCUUUGCCCAUCUUCAACAGACCGUCAGGGCGCGAUAUGGGUCUUUGACUAGACGGUUUUUUGUCUUGUUUGUUCUUGGAGCUUUUCAUUUACCUUUUUAUGCUGGGAGGACGUUACCUAAUUUUUUAGCUUUACCUUUUGUCAUGUCUUCCGUCUCCUUGAUUCUACGGUCUACCCUCAGCUGCCCGGAGCUUGUGAAGCAACGUCGAUUAUCAGGAGCCAUAGCUCUUUUGACUGGCCUAGCCACGGUUAUCCGAUUAGAAUUAGCACUUUUCGUCUUUCCCCUCACCUUGACACUAGUGGUCACACGGCGACUUUCUCUGAUGGCGGCAUUACGAGCUGGUAUUCUUGGUGGUUUCGGCUCAUUAGCUAUAUCCGCCCCACUCGACUAUUAUCUCUGGCGUCAAGUUCUUCCUCAUCCUACUUUACCCACAUUCACCUCCACAUGGCAGAUCAUCUGGCCCGAAGCCUCCUCGAUGGCCUACAACGUCCUCGAAGGAGGUGCAGCCGAAUGGGGAAUCAUGAGUCGACAUUAUUACUUCACGAAUUCUUUACCCAAACUUCUUCUGGGAAGUCUACCCUUGUUCCUUUUCGGACUUGGGGCCUGGUCUGGAGUUCGUCUAGGUUUUGGAAACAAAGUAAAAGGUUUCAAAGUCUUUUCUGCUCAAUGGGGGGAAGUGGCGAGUAUCUUCGGACCAGCUAUCAUCACGAUGGUAGGAGGUAUGAGUUUCAUAGGACAUAAAGAAUGGAGAUUUAUUGUUUAUGUGAUACCUGUCCUCAACCUUUUAGCUGCUAUCACAGCCGCCCAAAUGUGGAGCUAUCCUCAAAAACAAUUCCGGAUUUUGUUCCGUCUUGGAUUGGUUGGGAUGGUGAUUGUGAAUUUGGCCGUGGCGGGGGGGAUGACAUGGUUGAGUUCUCAAAAUUAUCCGGGGGGUGAAGUUUGGCAAGUUCUCGAAGGGCUCAAUAUUCCGAAGAAUGCUACUAUCCACUUUUCAUCAUAUCCUCUUCAGACUGGUGCAUCACUCUUCACCUUCCUCCAUACUUCUCCUCACGGUGGUGUGUUCCCCUCUACAUCGCAACCUCUAUGGGUGUACUCGAAAGAUGAAACCCCCUCUCUUCUCACUGCUCAAGGUGCAUGGGAUGCAGGGAUAGAUUAUAUGGUACUAGGCGUCAAAGAAGGAGAGAGCAUGGUGAAUGAUCAUGUCGGUUGGGAGAAAGUGGGGUCCGUGCGAGGGUUUGAAGGUAUUAAAUGGACAGGGAAAUGGGAUGGGAAAUUAGGGACGUGUGCGGAGAAAGGUGUGGAGAGUAGUGGAGGGUGGGGAAUAAAGGUAGAUAGAGGAGAUAAGGUCAUCAUCUUGGGAAGGAAAUCUGAAUAG